CGUCUACUCGUCCAACUCUCCAUCAAAACCCUUCGUUCUCUUCCAUUUUGUUCCUCUCUCUUAAUUCUCUCCUUCUCUGGAGGGAGAAACAGAAAAAAUAAAAAAAAGGUUAAUCAUUUUACUCCUCUACAAAUUUUUUCGGGAAAAUAAGCUCGUGGAAAUUUGCUCGGUCCAAACACUGAAUCAUGUCUUACAUAAUGCUCCCUACCACCGCCAAAACCUUAUCAUCGUUUACGCCUCCGAGUUUACCGAUACCUCGACUCUGUCUGAGUCAACCGGGUAGCCAGGCGAUGUCCGUCAAGAUUCGGAGGAGGAGCUUAAACGUGACGUGUUCGGCGCCGGUUGUUGAUGGCGGAGAGAGUUCCGUGGCUGGCUUGGAAAGGUGUUAUGCUGCGCCGAGUGCGUCCGCAUCUGGUUCGAGUUUGGAAUUCGGUCCAGUUAUGAAGGGAGGACAGCACGGCGCUUUCGGUGCUGUUACUUUAGAGAAGGGGAAGCUUGACUUGACGCAGAAACAAUCGCAGUCGAGCCCUGAGCUUGCAGUGGGUGGAGGAGGGGGUGAUAUUGGAAAGAAAAUCAACCAUGGUGGUGGUGAUGGAGGUGAUGAUGAUGGUGAUGAUGAUGACUACUUCGAUGAUUUUGAUGAUGGUGAUGAGGGAGAUGAGAAUGGACUUUUUCGGAGGCGGAUGCUUCUUGAAGAGCUCUUUGAUCGAAAAUUUUUAGAAGCGGUGUUGAAUGAAUGGCAGAAGACUAUGAUGGAUCUACCUGCUGGAUUCCGACAAGCUUAUGAGAUGGGAUUAGUCAGCUCUGCUCAAUUGGUAAAAUUUCUAGCAAUUAAUGCUAGACCAACCACCACCAGAUUUAUUUCACGAGCAAUUCCUGAAGGAAUUUCCAGGGCAUUCAUUGGCAGAAUGAUUGCAGAUCCUGCCUUUUUAUAUAAGCUUCUUUUAGAGCAGGCUGCUACUAUUGGUUGCACUGCAUGGUGGGAGUUCAAGAAUCGUAAGGAGAGGAUAAAGCAAGAAUGGGAUCUUGCCCUUACUAAUGUGCUCACAGUAAUGGCAUGCAAUGCUUUUGUUGUUUGGUCACUUGCCCCUUGUCGUUCUUAUGGAAAUACAUUUCGGUUUGACCUGCAAAAUACAUUGCAGAAGCUCCCGAACAAUGUAUUUGAAAAGAGUUACCCACUUAGAGAAUUUGACUUGCAAAAGAGAAUCCACUCCCUGUUCUUUAAGGCUGCUGAGUUGUGUAUGGUGGGAUUAACUGCUGGAGCAGUGCAAGGUUCUUUGUCAAAUUUUUUGGCUGGUAAAAAGAAAGAAAGGUUAUCCAUGACAAUCCCAACUGUGAGUACUAAUGCGCUUGGUUAUGGUGCUUUCCUUGGACUUUAUGCAAACUUGAGAUAUCAGCUGUUAUGCGGAUUUGAUAGAGCAGUUGUCAACCAUUUUGAUGUUAUUGGAGUCACGUUGUUCUUGAGCACAGCUUUAAGGAUAUUAAAUGAUCAAUUAGGAGAAAGAUCAAGGCUUGCUUGGCUAGGCAUAGAGGCAGAUCCUCUGGUUCAAUCAGAUGAACUUUUGAAGGCUGCUUACAACAGGCCAUCUGAGGAUGUUGCUGGGUCAUCUUCAAAAUGGUUUAUAUCAAAGAAUGCCAUUGUUUCUGGGCUUGGUCUCCUUGGCAUCAAGCAAGGAAAUGUGUAUGAUGGUGAAGCACGGGCUCCAAAGGCUCGAAGGAAGAGGAUUGUCCGGAAGAAGGUAAGUGCAACUUCAGCAUAAAUUUGCAUUCAGCAGAAUCCAAUUUUGUUGCCGGCCAGCAAGACAGCUUGUAGGUCCACGUAAAUCCUUGAUAAAUAAACAACAAUUUGGAGAAGGUUUUUUCCUAGUCCUGGCAAUUUAUAGGUAUCUGGUAGAGGGAUUAACCAAUUGCAGCAGUUUUUUUUUAUUGUUAAUGUAACAUCAUGAGGAUUAAUUUUUGUGAAGAGCUAUCAAAUUCUUUCACUUUGUUUUG